UGUUAUUGCUUUGUUAAUCGAUGUGCUCUGAUUCGUUUCGCAGGAAUGCCUGCAGCGUCUCGGAAGACUCACCUGCAGAUCCCGAGCCACUUUUGAUGAGAUUGUGGGAGGACCACACUGUCAACCAGAGGUGAACUCAAGGAGGCUAGAAUGCUCUGGGCAUGAUCUGUCUAGAGCAUCCAGUGCCGAAAAACAAGAAGCCACCUUCAAGUCCAAAACCUAAAACCUUUUCUGCACAGGAUAAGGAGAUAAGGACUCAGAGAGGGUAGAAAAGGGGCAUAGAGGUGUUGGGCAGGGGGCCGCUGGUGCAUGUGGGGGCAGUGCACAUCCCUUGCUGGAGAGUGGAAGCCCACCUCACCCAUGCCGUCCCCUGCCCAACCCAGUCUCACCACCCUCUGCAAUGGUGACAUGAGCGCAUACCUUACGGAGAAGCCCAAUUUCAACCCAUCUAUUUUGUCUCUUUGGAAAAAACAUACAAUAGACUUAUAAAUAGAGGACUGUGUCUAUCCUUAUUGCUGUGGUCGCAAGGUGAUGAUGCUGAUGUGUGGACGUGUGAGACGGCUCUUCCGUCAGCUCACGCUGCAGACCACCCUGCUGCUGCUCUUCAUUUUCUGCAUGGUCAGUGUCCUCAUUUCAGCCUAUUUCUUGUAUGGCGUUAAACGAGAGCUCGAACCCGCAGGAGUUGGAGGUGUGGUGGUCCCAGAAGAAGGUACUGCUGAUUGGGAAGAUCCCCGGGAGACUCCUUCCCCUCCGUCAGCAAGGGUUCUGCCUGCCAGAACCGCCAAGCCAGCAGACAUGUCUCGAACCGACCCUGUGGUACUGGUGUUCGUGGAGAGCUUGUAUUCCCAGUUGGGCCAGGACAUCGUGGCCAUCUUGGAAUCUGGGAGAUUUCGAUACCAGACCGAGAUCGCACCUGGGAAGGGCGAUAUGCCCACACUCACAGACAAGAACCGGGGUCGAUUUACGCUUGUCAUCUACGAGAACGUCCUCAAGUAUGUCAACCUGGAUGCUUGGAACAGAGAGUUGCUGGACAAGUACUGUGUGGAGUAUGGCGUUGGCAUCAUCGGCUUUUUCAAGGCUAAUGAGAACAGUUUGCAGAGUGCCCAGCUCAAGGGCUUUCCUCUCUUCCUCCACUCCAAUCUGGGUUUAAGGGACUGUAGCGUCAAUCCCAAGUCUCCACUGCUUCUCAUCACCAAGGCCCGGGAGGUGGAGCACGGUCCCCUACCUGGAGACGACUGGACAGUCUUUCAGUCUAACCACACCACCUAUGAGCCUGUGCUGUUAGCUCGGGGACGGAGUACAGAGGCCAGUGGAGCUCCUGGAACCCUUCAUUCUGCUGUGGUUCAGGAUUUGGGUCUUCAUGAUGGCAUCCAGCGGGUACUCUUCGGCAACAACCUGAACUUUUGGCUGCACAAACUUGUACUGGUGGACGCAGUGAGUUUCUUGACUGGCAAACGUCUCUCACUGGCUCUUGAGCGCUACAUACUGGUGGAUAUCGAUGACAUCUUUGUUGGGAAGGAGGGCACAAGGAUGAAGGUUUCUGAUGUCAAGGCCCUACUGGAGACGCAGAAUGAACUCCGAACCCAUGUUCCCAAUUUCACCUUUAACUUGGGAUUCUCUGGAAAGUUCUUCCAUGCUGGCACAGAUGAGGAGGAUCUUGGAGAUGACCUGCUUCUGUCCUACAGUAAGGAGUUCUGGUGGUUCCCCCACAUGUGGAGUCACAUGCAGCCACAUCUCUUCCACAACCAGUCCAGUUUUGUGGUUCAUAUGCUGAAGCACACUAUUUUUGGGUAUUAAUGAGUUGUUUUUGCUGUUCCCUUUCAGGAGCAUGGCAUUCCCACAAACAUGGGUUAUGCAGUGGCUCCCCAUCACUCUGGAGUGUAUCCCAUCCAUUUGCAGCUGUACGAGGCCUGGAAGAAAGUGUGGGGCAUCAAAGUGACCAGUACAGAGGAGUAUCCCCACCUCAAACCCGCACGCUUCCGCAGGGGCUUCAUACACAGUGGCAUCAGUGUGUUGCCCAGACAGACCUGUGGUCUCUUUACUCACACUAUCUUCUACAAUGAAUAUCCUGGAGGCUCUAAAGAGCUGGACAAACUCAUAAAUGGAGGAGAGCUUUUCCUAACCGUGCUUCUCAACCCAAUCAGCAUCUUCAUGACCCACCUGUCCAACUACGGGAAUGACCGUCUUGGCCUGUACACCUUCAAGAACCUGGUGAAGUUCAUACAGAUGUGGACCAACCUGAAACUGCAGACUCUUCCGCCUGUACAGCUGGCACAGAGAUAUUUCCAAAUCUUCCCUGAAGAGAGGGACCCCAUCUGGCAGGACCCCUGUGAGGACAAAAGACAUAAAGACAUCUGGUCUAAAGAAAAGACCUGUGACCGUUUCCCAAAGCUGCUUAUCAUCGGACCUCAGAAGACCGGAACUACUGCUCUUUAUCUGUUCCUGGGCAUGCAUCCUGAUUUGACCAGUAACUACCCCAGCAAGGAGACCUUUGAAGAAAUCCAGUUCUUCAACGGCCGAAACUACCACAGAGGCAUUGACUGGUACAUGGAGUAUUUUCCUCUACCCUCCAACACUAGCUCAGAUUUCUACUUUGAGAAAAGUGCCAACUACUUCGACUCAGAGGUCGCGGCCCGGCGAGCAGCUGCUCUUCUGCCCAAAGCCAAAAUCAUCACCAUCCUUAUCAACCCAGCUGACAGAGCGUAUUCCUGGUAUCAGCACCAGAGGGCUCAUGAUGAUCCUGUGGCUCAGAAAUAUACAUUCCAUGAUGUCAUCACUGCUGGUCGGGACACACCCAUCAAACUGAGGGUCCUGCAGAGCCGUUGUUUAGUGCCCGGACUUUACGCCACACACCUACAGCGCUGGCUCACACACUAUCACCCCAGUCAGAUCCUGGUCCUGGAUGGACAGAUGCUGAGGACAGAACCAGCUUCAGUGAUGGACAAAAUCCAGAAGUUUCUAAGCCUGACAAACACGCUCAACUACCACAAGAUUCUUGCGUUCGAUCCGAAGAAGGGUUUCUGGUGCCAGCUGCUAGAUGGAGGGAAGACCAAAUGCCUGGGGAAGAGUAAAGGGAGGAGAUAUCCUGACAUGGACGUUGAUUCCCGGACCUUCCUGAGAGAGUAUUACCAUGAGCACAACAUUGAGCUCUCCAAGCUGCUGUACAAAAUGGGCCAGCCGCUGCCUAGCUGGCUUAGGGAGGAGUUGCUCCACAGCAGGUAACCUGAAGAGGAGGGUGGGGACACAAUGGUCAGACUCGGACACCCCUCCUUCUGCUAUUGAGGGGACUCACCCUCUUGUCCACCCCUGUAAGCUGCUGGCCAUGGUGGUUGGUCAAGCCUCCAGCGGCUUUGUGGACCUUCAGUUCAGAUAACUGAGCUUCUAGAGGACAAGACAAAGAGGUAGAAAACAAUGCGCUUAGGUGCGCUAGUGGGUCUGUUCAAUUUUGAAGAACAGUGAUGUGCCCAGGACAUAGCCCUGGGGUAUACCCGCUACAAACCUUGGCUCAAACAUGGGAUCACAACGAAGGCUUCCAAAAGACAUACUACUUGUCUGGUGUUUUGAAGUACCAGGAAGACAUAAUGUCAGAACAAAUGGACAUGCAAUAUGGGAGAGGAGGGCAUAUAUUUCUGUUGGCGGAGCUGUAGUACAUACACAAGUCCGCAACAGAUAAUUAAGUGCCAGGGUGGUACCUUAAAGUCAGACUUUCUUUGUUUUCUUGGUUAAAUAUUCUUUUAACACUUAUUUCAUGUGUUGUCUUGCACAACACAAGGCUGUUUGCCUUGUAGUUUCAUUCUUCUAUUUUAAAAAGUUUUUAUUUCAUAGGAUAUUGAGCCCAUUCAUUACAGCUGCACCCUCCGGGCUUAAAAUGUGACAUUUAAAGGUGAAAUUUCAUUACGAUGUAUUUAUGGCUAUUAGUUGCGAAUCCACAGGACAGCUUAAUAAUGUGUGAUAAA